AUGAAUAGUGCAGAGGCAAUCAAUGGUAUAUUACAAGAUUUUGAAAAAGAAAUUCAAACUGUCGAUAUAAUUGAUGUAGAAAAUAUUGUUUUUAAUGAAAAAUAUUUUUCUAUUAAAAGAAAAAUACAGGAUAUUGUGAGUCGCCGAAAAGAGAAAGAAUCAAACAAAAAGUUAAUAGAAAUGUAUUUAUCACUAAAACAAAAUUUUGAAAAUUUUCUUGAUAAUUUAAAUAAUUUUUCUGAUAAACUGAAAAAGUUUUAUUUAAAAAAAAUUUCAUUUAAUGGUAUCAAAAACAGUGAAAUUUUUAAUCAAAAAAUGAAUGAAGAAAUUUCAUUAUUUGAAAAUAAGAUACUUGAAUACGAAAAAAAAUUAAAACUAAUGUCUAAUGAUAUAAAUCUCUAUGAUUACUCUCAAUGUGAAAAUGAAAUAGAGAAAUUAAGGAAAGAAGUUUUGUUAUACAUGAAAAUACUAUCAGAACAUCAAUUUCGGAAUGAAGUAACAACAUUUAAUGAACGAUUAUCAUCUAUACUUGACAAAAUAGAACGUUUACUUGAUUGUGUAUAUGAAAAUGCUAACUUUAAUAUGGCUUUAAGGGAAAUUGAAAAUAUAGAUAAACAAAUUUCUUUAUCUGAUUCAGAUGAUAACAUUGAUAAAUUGGGAGAAAAAAUUAGUUCUAUUAAAUUGAUGUUAGAAGUUAUAAAUGAUUCUAGUCAUAAAAUAAAAUUGCGAAGUUGGUUAGAUAAUUCUAUGAAUAAACAUUUUGAAAAAAUGAAUGAACGUUGUAUUAAUGAGGCAAGAGAAAUGUACCUAGGAAGAUUAAAAUAUUACAUACAAAUUAUUAGUGAAAAAGAUGAAAAAUUUAAAGAUAUAAUUUGUUUUAAAUUUUCUGAAGGAGAACUUAUGUUAGAUCAAUUACGUAAACAUGAAAAUGAAAUUAUUGAGUUGAAACGUAAAAUUAAUGACUACGAAAAAUUACCGUGUUUUGUAGGAGAUUCACCUUUUGAGAAAAGUAAAACAAAACUAAAUACUUUUUUAAAUAAUGUUAGAGAGAAGAUAAGUGAAUUAUCAGAGGAAUUAGAAAAUGAGAAAGAUUUUGUUUCACAAUUUUGUGAUAUCUGGAAUUAUUGGAAACGUCUUAUUAAGUUUGAUAAAGAAAAUACCAAUGUUUCUGAGUUUAAAAAUUGGAAAAAAGAAGGUCGACAAUUUUUAAAUCAAUGGUCAUUAUUUAAAAUUAAUUAUCGUGGAAGGCGUAAAAAAUUUCUUGUUACAGAUGAAUUGUUGGAUAAACUUUCUUCAAAUGGAAAUGAUCGUUUAACAGACGAUUACAGAAGAUUUUUAGGUGAAAUUAUUGGAAAAGUUACUGAUGGAUCUUUUCGAUUUUCGUUGGAUGGACAUGAUAUUGAAAAUAUAUUUGCUAUGAAGGAUUUUGAUGAUACUAUAGCUGAAUUGGAAGAUUCUGUUUUUGAAGAUUCAAAUAUUAAUGCUACUACGAAUAAUGAUAUAGAAAAUCUAAUUAAUGGAUUAGAAUCAAUACAUAUUAACGAAAGAAAUAAACAACAAGAAAUGGAGGCUGAAACAAAAGAAUCAAAUUAUUCAUGUGAUACAUCUGGAAUAAUUGACGAUCAUGAAGAUGAUAGAACUACGGGAUGUGAUAUGGUUAUUGAUGAAGAUAGUUGUUCUGAAAAUUUAUUAGGAUACUACGAAAUAAAUUGUGACAAUAAAUUAGAAAAUUCUAGAUCAGAAAAUCUUUGUAUAACUGGACUACGGGUUAUUUUUUCAACGUUAGUUUUUGGAUUCUUAAUGUUUUUUAUUUAUAUCUUGUACUACGGAAGAGAAGAAUUUUUACCCUGCUGUUUACGUGAGCUAUGGUGGCUUCAUUUUAGAAGAAACGGAAGAACACCAUUUUAA